UCUACUUAUGAAAUCAACAAAAAGUUGGAACUUUUGUUUUAGUUGCAGUGGCCUAAUUUAAGCAAGUUUUGUCGAUACAUUUGCUAAAUCACAAUUCUGACCUAAAUAUCUGUGACCUAAAUACGUGUCUUUUGUCUUUGAACGCGAAUCGGUGCAAAAUCAAGUGAAUGUUUUUCGCAGCUAUGGAUAAAAUACUGGGCAAUAUACGCGUGGAAGAUAAUGUCUGAUUUUGGGCAUUCAACACCUUUGACAUCACAAAGAAGAUCCUCAAAGGACAGCAAGUAUGACAGAACAAAGCUUACAUUCAGCGGCAACUUUACUGACAAUCAGCGUCACUUCAACAUCACCUCAGAUAAGGACAGCAUGCGUCAGGAGAUACUGAACGCGGUGCUGAUGAAAACGCAGCAAAUGGCAAAGGGUGACCAUAAUCCUAUGUAUGAGGAUCCUAAAGACGUCAUGGAGAAAAAGCCGCCAAAACCGCCAAGAAAGCGUCACCUCCACGCUGUAGCUGUAACUUCCCCGCGGGUCAAAGAGAAAUCUAUCAAAGAUCAGAAACGAAAACUGACGAAGAAGUAUGAAUCACUCGUCACAGCUCUUAUGGAUAAGUGUGAAGAGAAUUUAACUGUGAUAUCAGAAAAAGAUGUUCAAAUAUCGAAAUUAAAGGAGAAAUUAAAAGCAGUUCUAGAAUACAACAGAUUAUUUUCUGAUGAAAACGACAGAAUUAAGUCUGAAUACGAAGCCAUAGUGAAAUAUGUGGAAGAGUGUAAGAGAGUGAUUAAAGAGGAGAGAGAGAAGAGUGGAGAUUUGGAAAGGAAGUAUAAGAGAUUGGAAGAGAAGGUAAAGCAGUAUGAAGUUCCCGAUAAAGAACCUCCAGAAACAGCGAUCCCGCUAGUUGAAGUAUGCAUGAGUUGCAGCAGUCGACAAAUAGUUCUCAACCAGUGUAGAGAACAUAACACCAGGCUGCAGAGGGACUUGCAGGCUUUGAAGGAUGUUUUGUAUCGUCUAAAUGUGCAACUAUCGAGGUAUCAAGAGAAAUUACGCAGUAACGCGCAAACGUUGGACGCUAAAGAGCUUAAAGUGGAAAAAUAUGACAACUUUGAUUCCAUAUUGACUAGUUUAGGGCAAAAACAUGAUGAAGAAACCGACGUCCAAUCAAAAGCAGGCACGGGUGAAGAUACUUCAAAGCGAUUGGUCGAUUUAUCAGGCUUGUUGAGUGCACAGGCUUUAGCCCCUCUCUUCGACGCAUAUCAAGAAAACCUGCAAGAAAAGGACAACCUCAUUCUAGACUAUGAAAAACAGUUCGAAAACAUGAACAAAAAGUCGAAACAAAUAGUCACAGAGAAUAAAUCGUUACAAGAGAGAGUUAAUAGCUUGGAACAAGAGUUGGUGGGAGUGAGACAGAGUUAUAAGAGGAUCAAAGUGGAGAAAGAGACGGGUGAUGUUGAGAGAGCUUCGCUUUUGGAAAGAGUGGAGAGAUCGGAAAAUAAGCUGAAGGAGGUUUAUGAAUUGUAUGAAGAUAAGAUGGCGGCCAUGAUGCGAGACUACGAAACAGUACACCGCGAGUACUUCACAGUGAAAACGGCUCUAGAAGCUUCUACGAACAAAAUGGCGCAGUACGACGUUCUGCGAACUAGCACUGUGCCGGCUGACUUGCAUGAGAGGCGGCUGCAGGAUUGUAAAAGGCUGUUAGACGAGCUUAAACACCAGUACAGCAUGGACACAGAGCGCAAGAGCGAGCAAAUAAAGAAGAGUCAAGAGGAGUUGAAGAAGAGUAAAGAAGAGUUGCAGCAAUUACAAGAGAAGUAUGAAUGUGUGUGUCGGCAAAAUGAAACAGUGCAAGAAGAAUUGAAAUCUGCUUUGAAGAAUGUAAAGUUAUACCGCCGCGCUGCGUUAGUGUUCCGAAACCGAACCCGCUCCGCAGUCGCGCGGGCGACGCGAGCGAAGCGAACGCGAACAAACAGUAACAACGAACCGCUCAAAAUGGCGCUAGCUGCUUUGGAGAAGAUUAAAUCGGAGAUUAAGGUGGUAAAAUCGCGCGCUUACACAUCCCUAGAAGAAUUAGAGCGUCGUAUAGUAGAACAGGAGCGUAGAGCUGCGCAAGCGCAUACUGAGUACCGGCGGUCGUUGGAAAGAGCUUCACUAGCGAUACGGCACAAGGAGGACAUCAUACGGUCGCUCAUUGACAAGGUCGCCGAUGUGGAGGAGGUCCGAUUGAGUCAAGCUAACGCUCACCGUCUUCAAGGAAUAGUGUCUUCAUCAUCAGACUCUUCGAAGACUCCAGAAAAGGCGGGAAAAGCCACGAAAUUGGUUCCCGGUCCUGGAGGGUAUUUUCAGGAAGAUAGAAGGAAGAAAUCAUAAAAUAAAUAAUCCUAGAUAUAUUAAAUAAAGUUAUUUAUAUGUCUGGUAAUAAUAUUAAAUAAAAAAAUUAGAACUAGUCAACGCAUAGAAUAUUUAUUCCGAUAAGAGAAAACACAUUUAUUUUCAACUAGCGGUCCGGCCCGGCUUCGCCCGUGGUACAUAUUUAGCAAUAAAAGGUAGCCUAUGUUCUUACUCAGGGUCUAAAGAUUG